UAUUAUACAAUCUAAUAAUCUUAAAGUUGAUGAAUCCUCAUUAACUGAUGAAUCAGAUUUAAUUGAAAAGUAUGAAUCAACAGAUCCAUUUAUUCUUUCGGGUACACAUAUUAUAGAAGGCAGUGAUAAAAUGUUAGUUUUAGCUGUUGGUGAACAUAGUCAAACAGGAAUGAUAUUGAAGUUACUAAGUACAAUCAAAGAACAAAACAAUGAUUAA